AUGACUUCGAAGAGCAGAGAGUCGAGAACGAGGUUACCUUACCCUGCGGGAGAUUAUUCUUUUCCGCCAGACACAUUCUCUCCUAGUAAUUCUCCACCUUCGUCGAUUAGUUCCGCUAUGAGGCCAUUGUCUACGGCCAUUUCGGGGCUACCCCUCCAUGCAUCCUCAGGAGUGGGCACACUACCGGGUGCUUCGUACUCCACCACAUCACUCUCCUCACUGGCUUCGGGUGCGGGCAGGCCGCCGUCCCCGCCUGCUCAACCCAAGUUCGCUCCUGCGUCUGCUUUGGUCAACCGAACGGCCAGCCCAACGCCCGCACCAGCAAAAGGACGAGGAACACAACAAGGUUUGCCGCCACCCCCAAAAUCGGCUGUUGGUAAACGACAAACGAGUGUAAGCCCCACGCCGAGGAAACAGUACACCGUUGCGCUUGGAGGACCGAUAACUGCGCCGCCUGACGAGGCUGAGUUUUCCUCGAACGCUGCUUCUUUGUUUUUUGCCACUGCCGCCAAUACCGCCGCCAAUACCAAUGCGAAUAUUAAUACCCAUACAGAUCCACCUGCUACGCCCAUUUGCUGA